AUGUUCUACAAAGUCACACAGGUCCGAUCUAUCCUGCGAAUGCCGUGGAGAACACGUGACGUGCUCAAGACCCUCGGUCUGGGCAAGGUCGGCUCCCAGAAGUACUACAAGGUGUCUCCUGGUAUCGCCGGUCAGCUCUACAAGGUCAAGGAGCUGGUCAACGUGGAGAUGGCCGACCAGUACAAGUCCAAGGCCCAGAUCAAGGCCGACCGAAAAACCGAGCCCGGAUUCUCCGUUGUCGGUUCUAAGCGAGCCUAA